UAUUUAGAGAGGAGAUGAUUGCCUUUCUUCUCAUAACAGCCUCGGCGGUUUCGUUUUAAAGCUGUUCUCUCUCUUCCUCCCCCUUUCCUCCCCUCCCCACACGGACAAGACAAAACAAACAGGAAAGAAACAAAAAGGGGAGAGAGAGCCUUUCUAAAUAUAUAUAUAUAUACAGAGAGAGAAAGUAAUGCUGAAUUGCAGCACUGUCGGAGCAAGCCAAAGCAGCAGCGCUACAAAGGCGAGGCGGCCAAACCUCUCCGUCUGAGCAGCGCGCAUAAGCCGCCCAGAGCGCAGCACGGCGGGCUCGGCCCAUCUCGCCGCCUCUUCUUCGCCUUCUGCGCUCAAGGAAGAAGGCAGAGCUAUGUCCAGGCUGUCUUUAACUCGGUCUCCCGUUUCUCCAUUGGCUGCUCAAGGAAUUCCUCUCCCUGCUCAGCUCACCAAAUCCAAUGCCCCUGUGCACAUUGAUGUAGGAGGACACAUGUACACCAGUAGCCUGGCAACCUUGACAAAGUACCCAGAUUCCAGAAUAAGCCGUCUGUUUAAUGGCACGGAACCUAUUGUCUUGGACAGUUUAAAACAACACUAUUUCAUUGAUCGAGAUGGUGAAAUUUUCAGAUACAUCUUGAGCUUCUUAAGAACAUCAAAACUUCUGCUCCCAGAAGAUUUUAAGGACUUUAAUCUUUUGUAUGAGGAGGCCAAGUACUACCAGCUGCAGCCGAUGAUCAAGGAGCUUGAGCGAUGGAAACAAGAGAGAGAGCAGAGGAAGAACUUCCAGCCCUGUGACUGCUUGGUUGUGAGGGUGACUCCAGAUCUUGGAGAAAGGAUUGCACUGAGCGGGGAGAAAGCAUUAAUUGAAGAGAUCUUCCCAGAGACGGGUGAUGUUAUGUGCAACUCUGUAAAUGCAGGCUGGAAUCAAGACCCCACCCACGUCAUUAGGUUUCCUUUGAAUGGAUACUGCCGGUUGAACUCAGUACAGGUACUUGAACGGUUGUUCCAGAAGGGCUUCAGUGUGGCAGCGUCAUGUGGAGGAGGUGUGGAUUCCUCUCAGUUCAGUGAAUACGUACUGUGUCGUGAGGACCGGAGACCACAGCCCAACACCACAAUCAGAAUAAAGCAAGAACCCCUGGACUAAAGUUCUCCCCUUCCCCUCCUUUGUGAGCACAGAAGUGUUUAAUAGUCCCUCAUAUGGAAACACUAAGGAUUUGCAAGACAGUAUUAACGCAGGUGACAUUGGUGUUGCCAAUUAGAAGUACUUCUGAAACUACCUGUCACAUCGCCAGCUAUGAACUCUUAUUUGAGAGCAAAAGACAUUAAUAAUGAUGAUGAUAAUUCCAUUUGUUUUAUUAAUCAGUCGCUGAGUAUGCUCAACAUCGUGAAGUUUUGUGGGAUUGUCCUCUCAGCAGAACAGUGUGUGGGACACAGGCAAAGCUUCAGUGAAGAACUGACGUUUGCUUGGACUUUGGUAGAAAGAACAAUUAAUGUAAUUUGAAUAUGUCCAUUGAAGGAGUACAUCAUCCAGCUCUCUGAAGGACCUCCUCUCUCUUCCUCCCUUGGUAGGAUCAAGGAAAUGGGAACUGCCGACAGGAAGAUGGUAUCAUGCAGAGUGUCUUCCCCCCAGAUGAAUGCCAUGUCCUGUCCUAUCAGACAUGCUUUUCCAUCUCCCCCAUUUGUUCCCCAUUAUCCUUCUGUGAUUGCCUUUGCUCGUUGUAUGAAAUGGCUUAUUUUUCUACGAUGCCUACAAUUGUCUGUGUACAGAAGCCACCUCAAACAGAGACCAAUUUGUCAUUUUCUGGUGCUGAACUAAUUUCAAAUUAUUUUCAAUCCUGCACAACCGAUCUUGAUGAGGUAAAUGGAGAUUUUGCAGCAGUAACAUUUCCAACCGACAAGAUAAAAUUGCAGCAAAAAGUUUGCAAAUUUUGGGAAAUGGAGACUCAAAGUUCUUAAGAUUAUUCAGCAUUAAACAGGCUUUUUCGUGGAGCUCAA